AUGGUCCGACUCAAUUGCUGUGCUGGUUUUGGCAUCUUACUCGCGGUUGCGUGAGUGCCACAUCCCCCUUUUUGAAGGCUCCAGUCUCGUCCAACAUCAGCUUGCGCACGCGCGGGCGGGGCCGCCCCUCGCAAGCCACGCCGGGCCAUCGAAGGCGCCCGGAAUCGGCCAACUUCGCCGCUUGCUUGUAGGAGGAGGCCUACCGAGUUGCAUCUAGCUCUUGGCAUGACAUGGACGGAGCUGUACUCACAAAUGGGGACUGGCACUGACCCACCACUGCUGCUCUCCACGAUGACCUUAGCUCCGUGAUCCUCUUAGUUUUCGCGAACGUAAGUGUUUCAUCGGUGGCCAAGUCAGCGCUUCGGCUGCUCCGGCUCGCUCUCCUAAUCGGUCCCCACGGUUCCCGGCGCUCACGAUUGUCGCUGCCUCCGUUUUCACAGAUCGCGCAAUUGAACCCGUCGACCAUUCCUCGACACUUGCGAAUAGUGACCAUCACCACCACUGGUCUCGCCGCUGCGCUCGGCAACGUCAACGAUCUGUACGAUACCGCGUCGGGUUACGUCGGCGGUCGCUCUGUGAACGGCAACAACCAGGGAUUGCGCCAGACGUACGAGUGGGGCAUCUGGAGUACGUUUGAUUAAAAGUGAAGCUCUGGGGGACGAGAGUGUGAUCUAAUCGAAUGGGACUUUUUGCUUCGCGGAACAGACUACUGCACGACCGGAGGCUCGAUUGGUAGCCAACGCUCUUACUGCACCAAACGUUCGUUCGGCUUCGAGUUCCGCCCCGCUCUUGCGCUCCUCGGUGACGUGCCAACCCAGUACGAGCAAGCUUUGGAUGCGGCGUUGCCGAACAACGUUUUCUCCGACGACAAGUACCUCGGUCGAUUCACCAAGGUGGCGAACUAUUUAGUCUUCAUUGGUAGUAUUCUUGCCGCUCUUGCGAUGGUCAGUCCGCUAGUGCUCUUUAUACCGGAAAGAGAGCGAUGAAACUUACAAUUUGUACGUUUGGUCCUGAUAAGCUCGUCGGGUUCGGAGCCCACCGCUUUGCCUUCCUCUUCGGCGCCAUCGUCUCCCUCUUGGCAUUUUUGCUGCUCGCCGCCGGUGCCAUCAUCUACACCAUACUUUUAGCGCGCGUCAAGGCCGCUAUCAACAAUGCGACCAUCAGUGGUGUCGCUUUUGGUAUCAAGGUCGCCUACGGCAACGCGCUCUGGCUCCUUUGGGGCGCCACCGCCGCGGCGUUCCUCGCCGUCAUUCCUUGUAAGUCUACUGUCGCCCAUUCGUUCGAUACCUGAGCUACUUGCUGAUCUGUUCAUUCUACUCGAUAGACCUUAUCGCUUGCUGUAAGGCUCGACAGAUCUGACCUGCCUGGGCCAGUGCUCGAAGCAAUUUCUGACUUCCCACUUUUACAUUUUCACAGGCACUGGUCGCAACGACUCGUCCGACGACUACUAA